CCCAGGCCGGCGAUAAACCCUAGCUCCAUUCACCCGCCCCCGAAAGCCCUAGCGCCAAGCUCCCCCACCCGCGGCGGCCGCCUCCUCCUCCCCCUCCUCCCGCGCCUCCAAGCCGACCAACCCGUCGGGAAAAUGAGUCAGGAGACGGUCAACCCCAAGGCCUACCCGCUGGCGGACUCGCAGCUGACGAUAACGAUCCUCGACCUCGUCCAGCAGGCCGCCAACUACAAGCAGCUCAAGAAGGGCGCCAACGAAGCGACCAAGACUCUCAACAGGGGAAUAUCGGAGUUCGUGGUGAUGGCAGCUGACACGGAGCCGCUCGAAAUCCUCCUCCACCUCCCGUUGCUCGCGGAGGACAAGAAUGUGCCAUAUGUCUUUGUCCCUUCAAAGCAAGCCCUUGGGCGUGCUUGUGGAGUGACUAGGCCGGUCAUUGCUUGUUCAGUGACCAGCAACGAGGGAAGCCAGCUGAAACAGCCAAUUCAGAGUCUUAAGGAUGCUAUCGAGAAGCUUCUCAUAUGAUUUAUCAAGACCUUUCAGUGUGAUGGGCCUCUGCGACACAGUUCUUCAGAGGCUUGGACUGGUGAUGGUGUCUUGUCUACUAGGUCUUUGUGUUUUUUCAGCUAUAUUUUGCAAGACUGUUAUGUUAAAUCAUGCUGCCAUUAUGUCGUCAUCUUAUAUUUGUGACUUGUGUAAUCCAUAAGACACAUGUGUCAUGGCAGUUGAAUUUCUCCCUAGACUCAACAAAUGUUGUAACGGGUAAUGGUUUUAUGAGUUUGAGAAUUGGGAACUAGCUGCUUGUGUGCGAUUGCUCAUGUGGUGGAUUAUCUUUGUGCU